CUUGGCAGGCCGUCUCAGGUAACCAUGGCGCCCGCAGCGAGCCCAGGCCAGCGGCUGCGGAGCAGUGGGACCGAGACCCCCACAGGGCCCGAUGAAGUACCCCAGGGCCCUGCCCUGGGCUCCCGCCUGACCCACACGGCCGCGCUCCGAUCCCGCGGACUUAGGGUGCUUCCACAGAUCUCCCACCGCCCCUCGCCUCAGACUCCCGGGCCCCUCCCGCCCCGCACCUCACACCGUCGCAGCGCAGAGGCUGAUGCCCGCCCCGGCUGCGCGGCGGAAGGGGCAGGGCCCAGCGCAGACUCGGCCCCCUCGGCCUCAAGCUGCUGUGGCGUGAGCUGGGACAAUGUGGGGUUGCUGGUGGAACCAAGCCCGCCGCACAUUGUGAAGACCCUGUUCCUCACUAACGACCUCACCGAGGAGGUAAUGGAGGAGGCAGUGCAGAAGAAAGCAGACCUUAUUCUUUCUUACCACCCCCCUAUCUUCACACCGCUCAAGCGAGUAACGUGGAAGACCUGGAAGGAACGGCUGGUGGUCCGAGCUCUGGAGCACAGAAUUGGGAUUUACUCCCCACACACGGCAUAUGAUGCCAUACCUCAUGGCAUCAAUAACUGGCUAACAAAGGGACUUGGUGCCUGUAAUUCCGUCCCACUGCACCCAUCAACCUCUCCAAGCUAUCCAACUGAAGGCACUCACCGAAUAGAAUUCUGUGCAGACACCGCUGAACAUCUAGAGACAGUGCUCUCCAAAACCAAAGACAUCCAGGAGAUCUUCUGUCUCACUACUUUCCCUGUCAGGGUUGAAGAUAAGGAGCAAACACGAGUCAGUCUGAACUGCUCUCAGAAAGCGCUGCUAGAAGUGGUGGCAUUAUUGUCCCAGAACAGCCUUCUUGAUCACAAGACUGAGAUUCUCAUACUACAAAAGCCUCUUCUUCCACAUACUGGAAUGGGACGUCUAUGCACACUGAGUAAACCAGCCUCCUUGUCAGACAUUAUCGAGCGUAUCAAAAGUCACCUAAAAUUACCCCACGUCCGCCUAGCGCUGGGAACAGGCAAGACACUAGAUUCGCCAGUGAAGAAAGCUGCUCUCUGUGCUGGUUCUGGGAGCAGUGUCCUGAAGGGAACGGAAGCUGACCUCUACCUCACAGGAGAGAUGUCCCACCAUGAUAUUCUGGAUGCAGUUGCCAACGGAAUAAGUGUUAUUCUGUGUGAACACAGUAACACUGAGAGAGGCUUUUUGUCAGAGCUGGGUGACAUGCUAACUGUUCAGCUACAGAACAAAAUCAACGUAAUUGUGUCUGAGAAGGACAGAGAUCCCCUCCAGGUGGCAUAAAAGGAAAAGAACAAAAAAAAGGGUGAGAGAACACAAUCAAGAGUUUCAUACUAUCUUGCACAGACCUAUCCAAAUGUAAGCUCAAUGAAGAUGCUCUGAAUUGAUUCAGUAUAGGAUUGUAUUUUACGUUCCCCCAAAGUCUGAGAUAUAUAUUGUUAUGUCAGAUACCUAAUAAAUGCUUGUUUCUAGCUACUCAAAUAUGAUUUACUCAAUUAGUGGGUUGCACUUGAAUGAAGUUACUGUUACUACAUACUCUUAUUAAAUAUAUUUGAUAACCACACCACUCAAGGGUUGGUUUGGGUAGAAUAUGAAAAUUUGACUUUUCAAGCUUACAGAGCAGUUUAAUCCUACUGUGGUUAUGUCAGUACAAGUCACUGGCAUUUUAGCUAGUAAAGCUCUUGAUAAUAGUUAAUAAAAGGGUAUGGAUCACUAGUUUGCAUUAACAGUUUUAAGACAGCUCAUAUGCAGAUACAGAGCAGAAUUCAGGUAUUUGGUACUUGCAUUAAUGGUAGAUUUUGCAAUUGAAUGCUGCUUUAAAGGUCUUUAACAGAGGAACCCUCAAUUAAAAAAACUUUAGAAGUUUUUUAAUAA